CAAACACUCCCAAGGAAAAAAGCAACCACUCCGCAAUCGGCACCAAAAACAACUCAAUCAAUUACAUCAUGAGCUUUAUCGAGAAACACAACAUUGUCUACAGCGGGAGCAUGCCAUCAAAUCAGAUAUGUGGCCUCUGGAAGAUCUGGCAAGAGGAGCGAGCAACUCCAUCAGGUGGCUCCUUGAUCUCGGACAUGCCAGUUCCCAAGGCUCACUUGGCCCACAUGACUCUCAGCACUACCCCUGCGGCCAGCCCAGCCCAAGCGACCCACAAGUACUUUGCUGGUGUCAACGGUAGACCGGAUCGCAGUCAUGGCAACAUCAUUCGAGUCGAUACUUCUGCCUUCAUGAUGUUUGAGGAUAUCCCUGAGCUUGUCGCCCUCAACCGUUACAGCCAUUCCUGAGUUGGCUUCUAGCCACAAGGGCACAAUACAACGUGAAAUCACAUCCAGAUCUCUUUCAAACAUAGCUGCUUCAUACCCAGAGCAAGCAAACCAACUGGCAGAUUGUCAACAAGGUCUUGUCGGACGCUGCUAGCUGCUGACAACAGGCAGCAAACCAGCAACCACAACAAUACCAAUAGACCACGGGGGUAGAUUAUACAAAGGAGACACGGGCAAUGGCACUGCCUCCACCCAGCGAACAUCGCACCUCUUCCUACGGUAUCUUGGGUAUCAUCGCUACGGUACACAAUAGACAGUCUUCCACAUAAUAAUAAAAGCUUCCCAUUUCAACUACAG